AUGUUCAUGAUAGUUGCUGAAUAAGCUUCCUAGCUGAAUUAUGACUUUGCUUAAAAUUGUGAAAAUUUAAAUUCAACCACCAUGCUAUAUGAAUUCUAAUAUGCCUAUGAUAAGGGUGAAGGAUUACUGUGCUCACAGGAUUGUGUUUGCUCUGGAAAUCCAAUCAUUUUCGGAAUUAAUUAAAAUGACACAUCUAUGGCCUAUUACAACAUGACAAACGGUGUUUACAACGCUCAGCGCUGUGGAAAUUAUUCAUUCAAUUUUUCUCCUUUAGUCAGAGAUAAUUAUGUAGGGAUAUUCAAAUAAAUUGAAGCUGAAAAUGACUGCUCAGGUGCUUGUAAACUAGCUAGCAAAUACAUAUUCUCUAAUAUUAACGAUGGAAUUCCAUAGUAGACUUGUCUAUAACAUUUGAAGAGAGCGAUUUCUAAUAAUCUUUACAUUUAUUUAUCCGGCAUCUCUUUCUUGAACGCUCAGUUUUUUUGUGCUAUACUUGCAAUGGCAAUAACAUGCUUAGUAAAGUGCAAGAGAACAUAUUGUCCAAAAAAGAAAACUUCAAAAAAAGGUAAAAAGUCUGCUAAAAAGCCAAAAGGGAAGAUUGAAAAAGGUGAGAAGAUAGCUGAUACUGAUGACUCAAUAGAAAUGGAAGACAAAGGUCCUAGGUUUGGUAAAUUUAUUUGA